AUGGGUCGUGCCAUCAAAAGGUUGAAGAAAAACACUAAAAGUAGUCGUUCGUGGUGUGAUCUUCCAAUCGAUAUCUUGUACACAAUUGCUAAUCGAUUAGACUACGAUGAUCAAUGUCGAUUCCGCGCAGUAUGUAAGAGUUGGAGGCCAAUUUGUGGAGACCAUUGUGCAGACAAAUUGCCAUGGAUAAUGUUCUAUAGUUGGCACCGAAACAACAACCACGAUUUCUACAAAAUCUCAUGUGAGCUCCAAACUCUCUCAACGAAUCGGAAAUACUCGAUCCCGAUCGGUAGAGAAGGUAUCAAGAAUGCAAGCAUUCAUGAUUCAAAGUGUGGUUGGGUGUUAUUAUCAAAGGGAGAAGACAAAUUUAAUGGUGAAAUUUCACUGUUUUUUCACUCUCCUUUCACUAAUAAGAUCCGUGAAACACCUAAACUUUGCAUUACGAGCUAUUCGACCAUGGCAGCUUCAUUCUCUAUUGAUCCUACUAAUCCUAAUUGCGUCGUAUUUGUCUUAACGACCAGCGGUUUAGAGUUUAGGGUUAGUACUUGGAAAGCUUGUGAGAAAACAUGGAAAACCCAUGUGUUCUAUGAAUUCUAUGAUUGUGGACGUGAUGUUAUUUUUGUGGAUGGAUCCUUUUAUUGGGUCUUUGUUAGGAAUUAUGAAUGUGUGUUGGGUGGUUUUAAUGUUGAAGAUCAAGAGUUUAUUAUUUUUAUGGAUCAAUUUCCCUUCAGUUCUAGUCACCUAAUUGGGUCCGACAAGGACCUAUUGGUGACCAAUUACGAUUGUAAUGUUCAUCGGUGGGACGUUUUCAAGUUUGAUUCUGGCAGCUCGAGCUUGGUUCGAUUAGAAAGUUUGGGCGAUCGGGUUCUGUUUAUGGGUGAAACUUCGGUGUCGAUUCGAGCAUCGGAGAAGACAAACAAACUAGCAAACACAGUGCAUCUCAUUAGCUAUGCCAACUACCAGGCUUAUUGUUACAAUGGAAGCCGUUCCUGCCAUCAAAUUUACAAUGGAAUUAGCACAGAAAGCUGGUUCAAGAAAAUUUGGAUUCAACCUCCUUAA